AAAUGUUUAUUUGAGUUAUGCAUUUUGUUCUUGAGGAGAACAUGCUGGAGGUUGACUGCCCAUGUGUGACUCCUGAGGUUGUCCUGAAAGCUUCUGGUCAUGUUGAUAAAUUCACUGACCUUAUGGUUAAGGAUGAGAAAACAGGGACUUGUUAUCGUGCUGACCACUUGCUUAAGGAUUUUUGCAAUGAGAAGCUUCAGAAAGACCUUACCAUAUCCACAGAGAAGGCUGCUGAAUUUAGGCAUGUGCUUGCAGUCUUGGAUGAUCUCUCAGCUGAAGAGCUGGGUGCAAAGAUCAAAGAGUAUGGUAUUACAGCUCCAGACACAAAGAAUCCACUUUCUGAUCCGUAUCCAUUCAACUUAAUGUUUCAAACAUCAAUUGGCCCGUCUGGUUUGCUCCCUGGGUAUAUGCGUCCUGAGACAGCACAAGGCAUAUUCGUGAAUUUUAAAGAUUUGUACUAUUACAAUGGGAACAAGCUCCCUUUUGCUGCAGCUCAAAUUGGUCAGGCUUUCAGAAAUGAGAUAUCUCCUCGCCAAGGUCUUUUGAGAGUUCGUGAAUUUACACUAGCAGAGAUUGAGCACUUUGUUGAUCCUGAGGACAAAUCUCACCCUAAAUAUUCAGAAGUUGCAAACUUGGAGUUCUUGAUGUUUCCAAGGGAAGAACAAAUGUCAGGCCAAUCUGCAAAGAUAAUUUGCCUUGGUGAAGCUGUUUCAAAGGGAAUUGUAAACAAUGAAACACUUGGCUACUUCAUUGGGAGAGUUUUUCUCUUCCUAACUCGCCUUGGUAUAAACAGAAAACGUCUGCGGUUCCGUCAACAUCUUGCCAAUGAAAUGGCUCACUAUGCUGCUGACUGCUGGGAUGCUGAGAUUGAGUCUUCCUAUGGGUGGAUUGAGUGUGUUGGUAUUGCAGAUAGAUCUGCAUAUGACUUGCGUGCUCACACUGAUAAGAGUGGUGUACCUCUUGUUGCUGCUGAGAAAUUUUCAGAACCUCGGGAAGUGGAGAAAUUGGUUAUAGCUCCUGUGAAAAAAGAGCUAGGUCUUGCAUUCAAGGGAAACCAAAAGAAUGUGGUUGAAGCGUUGGAGGCAAUGAACGAGCAAGAAGCUUUGGAGAUGAAGGCUGCACUGGAAUCCAAAGGAGAGGUGGAGUUUCAAGUCUGCACCCUUGGGAAAAAUGUGUGCAUUAAGAAGAACAUGGUCUCAAUUUCAAAGGAGAAAAAGAAAGAACACCAGAGAGUUUUUACACCAUCAGUAAUUGAGCCAUCGUUUGGUAUUGGACGGAUAAUAUAUUGCCUAUAUGAACACUCUUUCUACACAAGGCCAAGUAAAGCUGGGGAUGAACAGUUAAAUGUAUUCCGUUUCCCCCCACUUGUGGCGCCUAUUAAGUGCACAGUUUUCCCACUGGUUCAGAAUCAACAGUAUGAGGAAGUUGCCAAAGAGAUUUCCAAGUCAUUGACAGUCGCCGGAAUCUCACAUAAGAUAGACAUUACAGGCACGUCAAUUGGGAAGCGUUACGCAAGAACAGAUGAACUUGGUGUACCCUUUGCAAUCACUGUGGAUUCAACAUCCUCGGUGACAAUCCGAGAAAGGGAUAGCAAGGAUCAAAUCCGCGUUAACGUGGACGAGGCAGCGACAGUCGUGAAGGCUGUAACCGAUGGACUAAAAUCAUGGGAAGAUAUAUGGACAAGUUACCCUCAUCACUCCUCAGAAUCCGCUGAUGAUUAAUUUAUGAAUGCCACUAUUGGUUUUGACAUAUCAUACAAAACCUUUUGAUGCCUGUUGAGCACCUAUGAUUUGGGAAAAUAGAAAUAUGUAAAACACAAUUCUCUAUGCACAUUUCAGGAGUAUUGUCAUCUUUUUUGUGUUUGA